UUUCGAAAAUUUACUUUUGGAAAUAAUUUUUCCCCAACAAGGAAGGAGCCAAAACCAAGGAGGAGAAUCUCCUUGUCCAAAAUGCACUGACACCAUAAAAGUUCUUUGCCACAAGAGCCCACUAAAAGUCUUUUAGUAAAAGUUAUUGCGCGAUGUAAUAAUACUUUUUGUCGCUGUUCAUUCAGAAGUUUCUCCUUUCUACCCAUCCUAUUUCCAAAGAAAGCGGAUUGACGGUCUAGUGCAGAGAUUCGCGUGUUUUCGUCAUUUAGUAUGAGUGCAUUUGUAAUAUUCGUUUACAUUCCGUUAGUUCGAAAGCACAUUCUUAAAAAUCUUUUAGCUUGAAACACGGUUGCAAAUUAUAUGUACUCUAACAUUAAUCUUUCCUCUAUUUUUUGCCUGCUCUAAUGUUUACAUGUGGGUAUAACUUGUUUCGGUCAUGCUUGUAUUUGACAAGUUUGACACCGGUGCUUUCGGCACCUGUCCGUGUACGCACAGUAAUUUUUUUUAUUCGCACAUUUGAUCGACACCAAGGAGGUUCACCUAGAACUCUUCCCGAAAAUUGGGGUAAAAAUCGAUUAAGGAAAUAUAAAAUAGAUUUCUCAAGGAAGACUGAAGAUCCUAAAGUACAGGAGGUACUUCAACCUUUGCGUACGGCUGUCAAAGAACAAGAAGAUUUUGUGCGCUCUCUGAAAGAAAGUGGUGCCCCGGAGUUAGAUGUAAAAAAGGCUGAAAAUGAGUUGGAAUCAAGAAAAAAAAAAUUAGAAGCCAAGGAACUCGAACUCGCACCUCCUGAAACUGGAUUUGUUCAAGCUCGCAUGGCAGAUUUAUUGAACAGACGUUUCUAUAUUAAACAGUCAUUUGAAAUUUAUGGUGGUGUUGCCGGGCUGCUUGAUUUUGGUGAUUUGGGAGUUAAAAUGCAAAACAAUAUUCUGGCUCUUUGGAGAUCUCAUUUUGUUAAAGAAGACGACAUGUUAGAAGCUUGUUGUUCAAGUCUAACACCUGAAAAUGUUUUAAAAUCUUCUGGACAUGUUGACCGGUUUGCUGACGUGAUGGUUAAAGAUUUGAAAAAUGGAGAAUGCUUCAGAGUAAAUCAUUUAAUAAAGAAUCAUUUGGAAAAGAUGAUGGCAGAUGAAAAUGUUACCUCUGAGCAAUGUGCAGAAUAUGAAGACAUUAUUGUGAAGUUGGAUGGCUGUUCUAAAAAAGAAAUGAAUACUUUGCUGAGAAAGUUUGACAUAAAAUCUCCAAAUACUGGAAAUGAUUUAUCUGAUGCUGUGGACUUUAAUCUCAUGAUGAAUACCUCAAUGGAUCCUAGAGGAAAUAAUAAAGGGUAUCUGCGUCCAGAGACAGCUCAAGGUAUUUUUGCAAAUUUCAAACAUUUUGUGAAGUCUGACCAAUGUAGGCUUCCUUUUGCUAUUGCUCAAAUUGGAGUUUGUUACAGAAAGGAAAUUUCGCCUGGUCCCCUUAGACUGAGAGAGUUCAAAAUGGCUGAAAUAGAGCAUUUUAUUGAUCCAAGACACAAGGAACAUCCAAAAUUUGAUAAAGUUAAGGAUCUGAAUUUAAUGUUGUAUUCUGCUUGCAAUCAAAAGGAUGGGGUACCUGCUGUUUUAACAACAAUAGGAGAUGCUGUUGAAAAAGGUGUUGUUGCUAAUGAAACAUUAGGCUAUUUCAUGGCAAGAAUAUGUCAAUUUUUAAUAGCUGUUGGUAUCAAUCCAGAGAAGCUGAGAUUUCGGCAACACGCAUCCAACGAAAUGGCUCAUUAUGCAACUGACUGCUGGGAUGCAGAAACCAAACUAGCUUCUGGUUGGAUUGAAUGUGUUGGCUGUGCUGAUAGAUCUUGUUAUGAUCUUGAAAAGCACAUGGAUGCAACUGGAGUCAGACUGACUGCAAAAACUACUUUUAAGGAACCCAAGACUGUGCAAGUUACAGAGCUGAAACCCCAAAUGGCUGUGAUAAAAAAAGCAUAUAAAAAAGAUUCCAGAGAUAUCAUCAAAGCAUUAAAAAAGUUAAAUGAAGAAGAAACUUCUAAUAUGGAAAAAUUGGUAGAAUCUAAAAAUGAAUAUAAACUUUGUGUUGAUGGCAAGGAGUUCAGUAUAGUUAAAGAUAUGAUUGUAGUAAGCAGAGGAGUGAAAACUGUUAAUGUUGAAGAAGUCGUUCCAUUUGUUAUUGAAUCUUCAUUCGGUAUUCUACGCAUCGUGUAUUCCAUUUGGGAACAUAAUUUUAGAAUGAGGACUAAAAAUGCAAUGCGAACGUAUUUUGCAUUACCUCCUGUUGUUGCACCUUAUAAGUGUAGUAUUCUUCCGCUAAGUGAUCACCCUGAUUUUUCUCCAUUAGUUACUAUAUUAUGUGAAAAAUUUAAAAAGGACGAUGUUUUUCAUCAUGUCAGCAAUAGCAAUGAAUCUAUUGGGCGUAGAUAUACACGAAGUGAUGAAAUGGCAAUUCCAUUUGGAAUUACAAUAGACUUUGAUUCUUUGAAAAAACCUUUUUCUGUUACUUUAAGAGAGCGUGAUACAAUGGAGCAAAUAAGAGUGCCUUUAGACCAAAUUGUACCCCUGAUUCAGGAUUUAACAUCUGGAGAGAGAACUUGGAAUAGUGCAAGGAGUUGCUAUCCAAAAUUUGAACACCAGAAAGCUGCUAAACCUGGAUAAUCUUUAAAAAUACUGAAUGGUCUAGUUAUUAAUAAAUAUGAAUGGUCUAGUUAAUAUUACUUUAAAGUGAGCUAAUUAUUAGAAGAAAGCUAAGAGCUUAUAAACUAAGAUCAGAGUUUUAAAAAUUAAAACCUUGAUCUAGUUUUGCCAUAUUAAAAGUUAGAUAUUUAGAACUACUGAACAUGAGGUUACAUAUGCUUACAAAUGGAAGAAAAAAAAACAAUACAUGCAUUGUAAAAAGUUACAAUUUUAAUAUAACCAACACACAUUUAGGAACAUUCCAUUAACACUAAAAUUUCAAGUUGAAGGAGAGAAUAAUAGUUUCACACUAUGAAAUACUUCAGUAAUUUUACUAUUAAAAAUAUGUCGUUUCUAUUCCACACCUCUAAAAAGUUAAGCUUUCCUUAGUUCUUAAGAAUAUAAAAUAUUUUGAAAAAGUUGUACCUGAAGUUAUUUAAACUCUUUAAAGGCAAUUUUAAUAUAAAAAUUUGUGUUUAGAAAUAAAAUACAAAUAUUAAUUCAUUUAAUGAAAAUGCAUGUGUAGUAAGAGGCAUUUAUGAUCUCUUUUUUCCCUGGCCUUUAUUUAAUAAAGAAACUGAAUCAUAUUGUUUUAUUUUGAGUGGACUUUUAAUUAAAAUCAAAUGAAAGCUGGCAUUAUUCUAAUUAAAGUUCAUUAAGUGUUUCUGUCACAUGCUAUGAUUGAAUGUUUUGUACAGUUGUUGGCUAUUAUUAUGUAUUAUACUCAAUAAUAAAAUUUUUACUGAAA